AGGACAACACGACACAUCGGAGAAUAAAUUUGCGUAAAUGAUUCAAGGCGAUAAAAUGAACUGAACACAGUACAACCGAGGGGUCAUGGCGCAGUGCAAACAGUCAGCUCCAGAAUUCAUCCAGAAUGCAUUUAGUCCGCACAUCGCAGUGUUGUGUAGUGCAGACGCAGAGGUUUUGUGUAAAAAAAAUAAUUUGACAUUUGCUCAGCUCAUCCAACCUUUCUGCCGUUUAGGGACCGAAGUGCAUAUCCGCGACCCGAACAAUGCACCCCACACGGUCCACUCUCUGCGAAUCAAAGUGUGUGACAUGUCGAGCACCCCGCCCCAGCAGGCCGAUGUGCGCAAGAUGCUCAACGACGCGGUGUCGGGGGCACAGCUACAAACUGGGGAGGCAGGGAGGUGCAACGUCAAGUCGGUCGGCAGCUACGAUCUUCAGCUGCAUGAGUCGACCCCAUGGUUUGAAGCAUACCGAGAAUGUUUUCUUGAUGUCAUCACUCCAUCAGAUCACGAGUAUCUGAGCCACUGUUUAGCAUGUGCGUUUGUUGUGUCGUCGAGCAACACGGACCCCAUCGCCAUCUUCAACAGUCUGACCGGUCAGCAGCUACAGCAACAGCAGCAGUUUCCUAACAAGGUGCCGCGCUGGUUUUGUCCGGGAAUCCUCAACUACUACGUUCUGCUCCACGACGUAGUCGAGGGAGAGCAAGCCAGGGCUGAAGCGAUUUACCAGAGUAUGAAGUCGACGUUCAAGCCUCACUGCUGCCACCUGUUACAGAUCAACUCGCGGUCUCUACAGACUGUGGAGAACAUGAAGAGCGAGACGUCACUACCCGACCCGUGGAGUCAGUUCCUACCUCAGCCACAAGAAAUCCAGCCUCCAAAUCCCCAUAAACCAAGAUACUUCAUAACAUGGGAAGGAGUGGAGUACGACUACCUCCAGUCCCAGGACGAAGACUCCCUCUUCCCGUCUCACCUGUCUGAGGGCGACCUCACCCAUGGACAGAACCUCGACUCAUCAUCCAUCAUGGAGGGCUCCAUAGAGACCGGCCUGGAGGCCACCGAGACCAAGGUCUCAGAAAGUACGUCUACCAGUGACCUGAUGAUGGACCAUCCCCUUGCAUUCACCGCACCUGUAAGUCUCCACGAGGAUGCUGAUGUGUGUCGCGAGGGGGACGGGACAGCCGCAGCUAACGGCUACCAGGACUCAAAAUCCAGCCUCUCGCCGUCAGAGCUGCGCGAGAAGGCCAAGCUGCGAGCCCAUGGCAUUUGUUUGACGUCCAGCGACAUGGACAGGCUGAAGAUAUUCAUGCACGAGUUCGUCGUCCGGGCCCUGAUUCCAUGGGCCGAACACCAGAUGAGAAUUUUUAAUGACCAGUUGACGUCAAGAAAAGGCCUUCACCGGUCGUUCUUCAGUGCCACAAAGAAAUGGUUUGGAAGUAACAAGCCGGCUGGUCCUGUCCAGGCAAACCAGAACACAUCGGUCGUCUACACAUCGGAGGCCCCCGAGCUACAGCUACGUCGCCUUGCCGACCUGGCCUUCCUGUUCCAGAUGUAUGACUUCGCGUACCACACGUACCACACCGCCAAGAGAGACUUCAAUAACGACCACGCCUGGCUGCACUUCGCCGGAGCUCUCGAGAUGGCCAGUGUCUCUAUCUUCAUGUUGGGUAGUGCCAGUCAGCGCCAGUACCCACACCACUACAUGGAGUCGGCCAUCACAACAUACCUGACGUCUUGCAGGAAUAUUCAGUACGCGACGAGAGCGACGCUGGUCAGCACGGAGGCUCUCAAAUGUCGAGGGAUGUUCCACGAGGCGGCCAUGCAGUUCCUCAAGAUGACCAGCGAGGACACUGAUUUGGUGAGUGCGUUAUUUCUGGAGCAGGCUGCUCACUGCUAUAUCAACAUGAAGUCUCCUAUGGUGAGGAAGUACGCAUUUCACAUGAUUCUUGCUGGACACCGCUUCAACAAGUCCGGUCAGAGAAAACAUUCCUUGAGAGCAUAUUCCCAAGCUUUGCAAAUAUUCAAAGGAAAACAAUGGAAGCUAUCCGAGGAUCAUAUACACUUCACUAUCGGCCGGCAGUCUUUCAACCUGAAACAGCUGGAGAACGCAACAUCGGCGUUCAAACAUCUGCUGAUGGGCGAGAGUAAACAGCCAGCUGCACAACAGGGGGCAUACAUCAGGGAGUACCUCUUUGUGUACAAGCAACAACUGGCUUUAGAUGCUGGAGAAAGCUGUUCGUACGGAAGACUGCCAGAAUUACCCAUGCCAAAUUUAGACGUGGGAGCUAUUAAAGUGUUGUUAGGAGCACAUUCCAGUAGACAAGAAACGGUAAGAAAGACUCCCGCAUCAGGUAUCUGGUUUGAUCACGACGAGGAACACAAUUCUAAAUGGCAGAGUCUAGAGGAGCGGCUAGUGUUGUCUGCUAACAAUGGUGUCAUGCCAGUGGCAUUCCGGCCGACACUCAGGUGUUUUACUAACAAAACAGAGAACAAGUUCAGCCCAGCAACAUUUGUUGGUGAGCCAAUAAUCGUGGAGGUUGAGGUGGAGAACCCACUGCUGGUGACGCUGGUGUUGUCCGACAUCAUGCUGCUGUGGUCGUUCCUCCCCGGUAUCGCGGGAACCGACAAACCACAGCUCAUAUCCAACGAGGUGUCCACAGGCGUCAAGAACAACCUGGCUGAUGAAAUUAUCCAGACAACGGUCGUUAAGGAAGUUGUUUUAGAAGGACAUCAGCGAAAACCAAUUCACUUGACCCUGGUACCUCGACAGCCUGGUGAACUGCGGGUCGUGGGUCUGGCGUACAACCUGGGCACGAGCUCCCAGAAUGCCUCAGCCGGUCUAUCGGGCAGCAACAACACGGCGAAGGGCGGCUACAUGGGCAGCAUCUACGUGCGUGGCAAACAGAGGCUGGAGGUGCAGGGGCCGAGACUGAACAUCACCAGCGAGGACAAGACGCAGAAGAAUUACGGGCCAGAUCGAAGGCUGGAUCUCGUCGUCUUGGAAGAAAUGCCCAUUUUAGAGGUGAACUUCUGUGAUUUCCCGGACUCGCUGCUGUGUGGAGAGGUCCACUGUAUAGAGAUCGAGAUCACAAACAGCGGGCGCAGUCCUCUACACAGACUCAAAGUGACCUCCAGCGACCCCACGUUCUUCACGUUCGGGUCGGGUCGCGACCUCCCCAAGUAUCCAUAUGUCUAUCAGAUGAAGUCUGUCGACAGACUCGACACUAGUGCAGUGGAAAGCAGUAUAUGUGAUACGAACUCUAGAAACACUGUUGUGAACAUUCCCUUACCCAACGCAGUGUUGAAACCGGGGGAGGUGGUCUCUGUACCCCUCUGGCUGCGUGGAAAUGACAUUGGUGGGGUGCACGAGGUGGAUUUUCUCUUUUACUAUGAACCCGUGAAUAUACAGUCAAAAGUCAGGCACCGAAUCCUUCAACACAAAGCGGUUGUGAAAACGGUUGAAUCCCUGAGUGUGCGUGCAACCGUGACCAAGCCAAGCACGUGUGUCACUCGUAACCAAGGGCAAGAACUCAACUCGUGUAUUAUUUCCUGUGAACUGGAAAACCUCAGUCAGGUGCAGGUUCAAUGUCCCCACAUCCAGGAGUUACAGAUUACCCAAGUGUCGUGUGCCAGUCCUCGCUGGAUGGUCGAGAGUCUCAGUAUUUCAGACCAGGAAGGUUUGCGUGUGGGCAGCCGGGAAACUCUGCAACUCACAUUAAAGGGUAAAAAAGCUGACUCCACUGCAGCUGAGGAGUUUUUAUUCACUGAAGUGCCAUUUGAUAUACAGCAGAUCAGCAGUGUGAAGACGCCAUGCUGUGAUUUCUUCUUCCAUAGUGUCGUUCACCGCAAGUGUAAAGACCCGAGUAAGAGUGACACACCCGUGCCGCGGAGACACCACCGGCCACCGCCAGACUUCAGCCGCCUCAACCGAGCACUCGAGAUCAAUCUCACGCUGAUCUUCCUCUGGAAGGCUUUUGUUGCUCAAGAGAACGGUCAGAUGAAGAUAUUGGUUGGUCAGCACCACGUGCAUAUUGACAAAGUCAACACUGUCGCAACAUCCUAUCCAUUUAUUAUGUCAAAUAACAAUGUACCUCCCCUGAAGUUUAUGCGAGAUUUGGAGCCGCAGACAAAAUCUCAGCCGAGUUUAGAAGUGACUACGAAGCUAAUUAGUUUCUCGUUCGUCCACGACCAGACAGUUCAGCACAACUUCAGUAAAGGUAUCUGUGUUGUACCGGUGACGUUGAAGCUCCAAAACCAGUCUGAGACAGCAGUGGACAUUCUAGUGGACACCAGCAAGUCCUCGGACAGACUUGGUUCGACCCACGCUGAGUCUACGAUGUUACCGAUGAGCUACCACACGAGCCAGCCGAUGAACAGCAGUUUCCGCUGGGUGGGUCAGACCCUGGCCCGCCUGUCUCUCGGCCCCGGCGCCGGUCAGCAUGUCACUCUGAGGGCCGCGUUCUGCCACCCAGGCAUCUACAACCUCAACAACCUGGCCGUGUUCGUCACCUACUCCGACGACAUGUCACAGAUGAUAUCUCAGAAACACAGCACGCCAAGCAUUAUCACCCUGAAUACAACUAGUUUGUGAACGAUUGUGACAUGUCACAGAUCAUAUUUUAGAAACACAGCACGCCAAACAUUAUCACCCUGACUACUGCUAGUUUGUGAACGAUUGUGACAUGUCACAGAUGAUAUCUCAGAAACACAGCACACCAAGCAUUAUCACCCUGAAUAUCACUAGUUUGUGAAUGAUUGUGACAUGUCACAGAUGAUAUCCCAGAAACACAGCAUGCCAAGCAUUAUCACCCUGAAUACCAUCAGUUUGUGAAUGAUUGUGACAUUUCACAGAUGAUAUCCCAGAAACACAGCACACCAAGCAUUAUCACCCUGAAUACUACUAGUUUGUGAAUGAUUGUGACAUGUCACAGAUGAUAUCUCAGAAACACAGCAUGCCAAGCAUUAUCACCCUGAAUACCACUAGUUUGUGAACGUUUGUGACAUGUCACAGAUGAUAUCUCAGAAACACAGCAUGCCAAGCAUUAUCACCCUGAAUGCCACUAGUUUGUGAACGAUUGUGACAUGUCACAGAUGAUAUUUCAGGAACACAACACCAAGCAUUAUCACCCUGAAUACCAUCAGUUUGUGAACGAUUGUGACAUGUCACAGAUGAUAUCUCACAAACACAGCACUCCAACCAUUAUCACCCUGAAUACCACUAGUUUGUGAACGAUUGUGACAUCACUAUGUGACAUGUCAGAGAUGAUAUUAAAAAAAACCCCAGCACACCAAUCAUAACCCUGAAGACCACUACUUUGUGAACAUUUGUGACAUCAUGUCGUGUUUGUGACAUCAUUUGGUGACAUGUUGCAGAUGACAUCUCUGAAGCACAACACACCAAGUGUUGAAUACCACUAGUUUGUGACAUCAUGUCGUGUUUGUGAUGUCAUUCCGUGACAUGUCACAGAUGAUAUCUCUGAAGCACAACACACCAAGUGUUGAAUACCACUAGUUUGUGACGGCAUGUCGUGUUUGUGAUUUCAUUCGGUGACAUGUCACAGAUAUCUCAAAAACCAGCAUACCAAACAUUAUCACCCUGAAUACCACUAGUUUGUGAACAUCUGUGUCAUGUCGUGUUUGUGACAUGCUCCAAACAACACCUCACAGAGGAUAAGAAACAUGGCUGCCUUCCAGAGGUAAUCAUAUAAGCUGGAUCGACUAUAUUUUCCAGGGUUUUACUACAAAUAUCUUGCAAUAACAAAACUGCACAAAUAUGUAAGGGAAAAAAGACAUUUUAUUUUAGACAUGACAAACAUAUAUGUAUAUGGAUAAUGAUGAGUGUUGAUGCUGCAGUAUUUCCCUGUCACUAUGGAACUCUUUCACAUGGGACAUGUUGCAUGCUGUCUGUCAUGUAAGCUUUACUAAAAGCAACCCCUGCAAUUAAGACAAUUAAUAUACAUGUAGUCCACAGAAUUAAAAACUCCACGGCAUUUCAUAUUGCUAUGGACAAUUGCCAGGGGUUGCUAAAACUAGUUAUUGCAUGUACAAAUAAUUUAGACAAUCCAAAAGUGACUGUCUUUUUUUUUAACAAAACGUGUGUGUGUUGUGUGUAGUAAAAAAAAUAAUUGAAGAAACAGUGGCUGUUUGAUGUUUUUUCACCAUCUAUAAACCAUUGAAAAAUAGUUUGUUGACAAAUAUGUUAGAUAAAUGUGGAAUUGCCAGAUGAUCAGGAGCAGUUUUUUUUGUUUUUUUUGAAGCUUCAAUCUCUACCCACUAUGUUAUUCCAUCGUUUUCUAAUGCAAACUACAAACACAACUACAAUUUUAAUAAACUUGUGUUGUAUUGCUAUUAAUGGUUAUUGUUGACCUUCAUUCAACAUGCAAGUCUGGGGCCAAUUUCACUAAACAUCGUAAGUUUACGUCUGCGACUAGCAGUUACACCAGGCAUACCUUUACACAUGUUUGGCAUCUAUUUCACACAGAAAAUUACAUCAUUACGGAAGAUGGAGCAUUUUAAUGACAAAAGAAAAUGAAUUAUGUGUACCUAAAACUGUAUUUGUUGUACUGUGAUAGUAAUAAGAAUUGUGUACGUUUACAUGCAAAACAUGGCUUACGAUGUUUUGUGAAACUGGUCCCUGUGGCAGUGUUGGCCAUUUUGUGAGACAAAACAGUGGACUAAUGGCCCACUUCUGAGUGUUAGAAUGGAGACCAAUACAUUGUUAGGUGAUCUAGAUUGUAGCGAGUAUAGUCGAAGGAUAUUGAAGACUGGUGUGCUACUUCAAGACAAUGUGUAUGGUUGAUUCUAGAUGGUUAAAUAAUAAAAAUAUCAAAGUUAUGCUGAUUUAUUAUUGUACCAGAGUAUGUAAUAUAAAAUUUGCAGUUGCAUGUUUUAUCAAUAAAAAUCCUUACUUGC